AGGAUGUUCUUAGAAGUAAAUUAAAUCCUUCUUGGUAUAUACCAAAAUAUAGUAUAAAUUGGAUAAGAUUCACGAAUAUCAACCACAUGUCAAAUAUUUUAAAUACUUCACCUUUAGGUACUCUAAAAACAAUAUUUUCAUGUACAUUUCAAAUCAAACAGAUCUUUGCUGGUAUUAAAAUGUUCAAAAAUAUGUCUGGAAAAGACCUUUAUAACUUUUGUGAAGGGAAGGAAUCAUUAUUGAUUUUAGGAAAAAAAAAAUCGUCUCCGUAUAUAGUCGGGGGGUAUAAUGAUAAUUCAUGGGAUAAAGGAAUAGUUAAUACAACAAAUAGUUUUAUAUUUCAUAUAAAUAUGUAUGGUGGUAUUAAAGUCGCAACACCGAAAAAAAAUAACAAUAAUUGUAGAAUCAAUACCGACUAUGGACCUACAUUUGGGUCAGGUGAUUUACGUAUAGAUGGAUAUAAUUGGACAUAUGAAAUCAAUUCAUACAAUCCAAAUUUUACAAGUGGAACUCAUGAGAUGGAAUUCGUUGAAGUUUAUCAGAUUAAGAAAAUGAACAA